AUGGGCAGGAUCAUCUUCUAUGAGGACAAGAACUACCAAGGUCGCAGGUAUGAGUGUGACAGUGACUGCACCGACUUCCACUCCUACCUGAGUCGCUGUAACUCAGCCCGCGUGGAGAGCGGGACCUGGGUGAUCUACGAGAGACCGAACUUCUCGGGUUACCAGUACGUCCUGGCCAGAGGCGAGUACCCGGACUACCAGAGCUGGACUGGCUUCAAUGACAGAGUCAGCUCCUGCAAGAUGAUCCACUUUGCCAGCGAAGAUCCUUACAAGAUCGAGCUGUAUGGUAAAGGGGACUUUGGCGGCCAGGUGUUUGAAGAGACUGAAGACUGUCCCUCUGUGCUGGAGAAGUUCCACUGGAGGCAGGUUCACUCCUGCAGGGUCCUGGGAGGCUGGUGGGUCUUUUAUGAGCAUCCCAACUACAAGGGCCGCCAGUACCUGCUGGAGAAAGGCGAGUACCGCAAGUCGGUGGACUGGGGCGCCAUCUGCCCGACUGUCCAGUCCUUUAGAAAGCUCAUUGAGUAG